AUGUCAAGUGCAAAUCACAAACCCUCCACUUCGAAUUCUACUAAUCAAACUCCUCAGCUUCACUCAUUUCUUCAGUCCUCACCUCCUCCGUCGCCGGAAUACCGCUGAAAUGAGAGAUUCGCAAACCACUUGAAGCGUAAAUGAGAGCUGGCCAAGUAUUUUCUUAAUGCUACAUUGCCUUCAAGAACGGUCGACUAUUUUUCACUGGGCCAAAGCACUCGUCACUUGUGAUCUCCCAGAAACAAAGAAGCAAAAGACGGACGAUUGGUUGCUUGGGGGGACUGUUUGGCAGCAGAUUGCAGGAUUGCAUACCGUUUUGAUCUUUUGUGAGAGUAUGGAAUCAUCGAAGCCCGGUCUUACUGAAGUUCUUUUAACCCUUCGGCCUAACUCAGGAUUCUAGGGUUUCCACCACGUUUUCUUGAUCCUAUGCGAUGGUCUUAUGAGACGUUUGUGGAUAUGAUGUGCUCAAUUUCGGCUGCUUCAAGUGCAACGAGGAUUCCAUGCCCUUUGGAUAUCUGUGCAGGGUCGAUUCUAGGAGAAGUUUCUGAGUGGAUUUUAAAAGUUCAGAGCCUUGCCGAUCGCUUUACUCUCAUGUUUGGUUUAAAUCACUGCUGCAGUGAUUACGAUGCUGAAGCUUCUCAUAAUUGGGGACUGAGACUUUCUACUCAAGGACUCUGUUUUUUCAUGAUCAUGUCGUCGUCGCCUCUCAUUCAAUUUGCAGACCGGUUACUGAUCUAAAAGGUUGACAUGACUGCCUGUUCGUAGGGAAUGAGGGAAUGAGUACAGGGGGAGAUUAGCGCUGCAUGCAUGCAUGCUUUUGGAAUGAAAAGCAUCGCCACCUGCGUUCUGUUCUCUACAUCAACGUGUUCAUGAGAGGACUGCAGUUUCGACUUCGAACAAGAGUAGGGACGAGCACACCUACAUGAACGAUGGGUUACUAGAGUUGCCGAACUGAACGAAUCACGUUGGUAGUAGCGUUGUACUUUGUAUCUAUUGAUGUACAGAGUUCAGAUAAGAGAGAAGUCUGACGCUUCUUCGUGAGUACAUUGCGAAUUUUCAGAGGCAUUGCAGUGAAUCUCAGCGAUGGCGGGGACAAUUGUGGUAGUGGUAGCGUUGGUGCUGGGGUUGAGCAUGACAGGGGACCAUGGAAUGUUAGGAGUGGAAGGGCUCGUGUGCAGUAAAGCUUACAAGGACCAAGGGUGCAAUAAAACCAUAAGCGAUUUGUUCACGGAGGGAAUGUUCGAGGGGAUGUUCAUGCACCGGAACGGUCGGAUGGCGCAUGCGCAAGGCUUUUGGAGUUACGGCGGGUUCAUGACCGCCGCCAAGAUGUUCCAGUCUGCCGGCUUCGGUUCAGUAGGUGGGGAUGACACGCAGAAGAAGGAGCUUGCUGCGUUCUUCGCUCACGUAGCUCAUGAAACCUCAUGUGGGUGGCCUGGAGCGAAAGAUUCCCCAUACGCAUGGGGGCUUUGCUACAACCGAGAGCUCUCACCUACCUAUGAAUACUGCAAGGGAGACGAACUCCUCUACCCGUGUGCUCCUGGCGCUUCUUACCACGGUCGUGGAGCUUUUCCUCUCUACUGGAACUUCAAUUAUGGCGCGACGGGAGCGGCGUUGAAGCAGGACUUAUUAAAUCAUCCCGAGAUUUUGUCGUACAACGAAACGGUCGCAUGGCAGGCAGCGAUCUGGUACUGGAUGACUCCCGGGAAGACAAGGCCCUCUCCUCAUCAAGUUAUGGUUGGUAAGUGGGUGCCAACCAAAAACGACACUCUGGCUAAACGCUUGCCUGGGUUUGGAAUGACCAUCAACAUAAGGGCUAGUGAAAGCGAGUGUGGCCAUGGCGACGACCUCCAAAUGCACGACCGCAUCGGGCACUACGUUCGCUUCCUCCAUGAUUACUUCGGCCUCACAGAUCCAGGCAAGCAUGUGGACUGUGCAUCGCAGCAAGUAGUCCAAUUGGAAUAUGCAUUAGUAUAACAUACUGUUUCUUCUCCACAUGAAGUAUUUUUGCAAUUCUGAGAUAAUAACCUCGAGGAGUUGGACACACAACUUCUUCUUACUUAAUGGAUAGGAAUGAAGGCAUGAUAGAAACGAAGUGAACUUGCCAUGUGACUCUUGUGAUCUGUAGCAGUUUGUUUUUGCAAGUAUCCUCAUCUGUGGGUAUCGUCACACGGUAUCAAUUUCGAGAUUGAAUGUUAUCCUGUAGCCAAAAUUGAAAGAAAGCUUUUUGGUAGGUGUGAUUUUCUGGCAACACAAGCACAAUCUCUGAGAGGAAAUCCAACGUUGUACAUCACAAGUUUUCUACGUAAGAUGGUGUUCAGCGACUUCUGCAAUAAAGUUGGUGUGGAUUUUAUGCAUGUUAA